UCUCCACUCACAUCUUUUCAUACUGAAGACAUCAAAGUGCACCUGCAUCUACCACUUUUUCAGAAGACUUAGUAUCAAAUAAUAAAUUUCACACUGUGAUCUUGUUAUAGUAUAAAAAGCUUUUGAAUUCUCUAUAUCUGAACAAGAUUUUCUCUAAUUUUCCCAUGAAGCCAUAUUGUUGCUUUUUCAUUUUAGUGGUGAGUAUUAUUGUGCCAGCUGCUUUUGUUUUGGAAGAUGUAGACUUCAACCAAAUGUCCCUACUGGGAACAAAUGACAGUUCUUCCAAUGCAUCGUUUCCCCCAAGCUUUGAACUCUCAUCAGAUUCCAGCUCCGGUGAUGGUGUCAUCAUAGCCAGAGAGGGAGCUAGUGUUUCAAUCGAGUGUCUUCUCUCCGUCAGACAUCAUGAAGACAUCCACUGGUACAACUCCAAAGGACAGCAACUGGAUGACAGAGGCAGAGGUGGAAAAUGGUUGGUUUCUGAGAACUUCCUGAAUAUCACCAGCGUAGCCUUUGAUGACCGUGGGCUCUAUACAUGUUUCAUCACCUCUCCAAUCCAUGCUUCCUACUCUGUUACCCUACGUGUUAUCUUCACCUCAGGAGACAUGAGUAUCUACUACAUGAUUGUCUGCCUGAUUGCCUUUACCAUCACGCUCAUCUUGAAUGUCACACGUCUCUGCAUGAUGAGUAGUCAUCUUCGCAAGACUGAGAAGGCCAUCAAUGAAUUCUUCAGAACUGAAGGGGCUGAGAAACUUCAGAAGGCCUUUGAGAUUGCAAAACGUAUCCCCAUUAUCACCUCAGCCAAGACUCUGGAGCUUGCCAAAGUCACACAAUUUAAGACCAUGGAGUUUGCUCGUUACAUCGAAGAACUGGCGAGAAGUGUUCCUUUGCCACCUCUUAUCCUAAACUGCCGGGCAUUUGUUGAGGAGAUGUUUGAAGCUGUGCGAGUAGAUGAUCCAGAUGAAAUGGGAGAACGAAUUAAAGAGAGACCUGCCUUGGAUGCUCAAGGCAGCAUCUAUGUUAUCAACCCAGAGAUGGGCCGGAGUAAUUCACCAGGAGGUGAUUCUGAUGAUGGUUCUCUGAAUGAGCAAGGCCAGGAGAUAGCAGUUCAGGUCUCUGUACACCUUCAGUCAGAGACCAAAAGUAUUGAUACUGAUUCUCAAGACAGCAGCCAUUGCAGCCCAUCUGAUGAUGUGGCCUCAGCCGAAUCUAACCCUAACUACAAAGAUGGAGCAUAUGAAAAUUGCCAGCUUUGA